AUGGAGGUUCCUUGUAAGGUAGUACAGAAAGGCAAUACCAAACACAUAACUUCUACUACUUACUUUAUGCUCGACUCUGGGGCUUCAGCUCAAUAUUUCAUUGAUUCCGAUUAUGCGCAAAAUUGUGGUUUUGAAUUCGUCCCACUCGCUCGGCCUCGUCGUCUCCGCAUCGCGGACGGGAGACCUUCUUCAGCAGGUGAUGUUACUCAUAUAGUUAUCUUGGACAUGAUUGUCGGGAAGCAUGUAGAACGUCAACAACGCUUCCAUGUUACUAAACUCGCCUCCCACAACAUCAUCAUAGGACACCCGUGGCUCGCUCUCCACAACCCUCAAAUUGACUGGACGAACCACAGUAUCGUUUUUGGCUCUACGUACUGUAGAGGACACUGUAUGCCUAGGAGGUUGGAUUCGGUUCAAGUGAAAUGCACUCGUCACGACGUUUCACAUAUCCCUAAGCCCCUGAAAGUCAGCGCUGCCUCCUUCAACCGGCUGGCAUCUACUCACGGCGUUGAAGUGUUCUCUCUAUCUGUUUUUGAAAUAGACAAAAGGUUAGAGGAGUUAGGCGCGAGCCCUUCUACUCCCGACACCUUGUACAGCAUUCGGAUGGACGAUGGCCUCUCGGGCCAGAAGCGCAUGGAAAAGGAGUUACUGAUUCAGGACGACUUCCAGCACAAAACCACCGAUUCUCGCCAAAUGGCUGCUGAACUCUACCUCUGCGGGGCCUCUCUAGACGACAUCCAGAAGGCACUCGCAAAGUACAACAACCCUGGAGAGCACGUUGAUCCUGAGACUUUGCUCCCUCCACACUUGAAGAAGUGGUCAUCUCGGUUAUUUAACCGUCAGAAAGCUGAUACGCUACCCCCACAUCGAGACUGCGACCUGAAGAUUGAAUUGAAGCCUGGUUCAUCUCCUCCCCAUGGACCUCUAUAUAAUAUGUCUAUCCCAGAGUUAGAGGUCUUACGUAAGUACCUCGACGAACAGCUGAAGAAGGGGUUUAUUCGAGCAAGUAAAUCCCCGGCUGCCUCCCCAGUACUUUUCGCAAAGAAGCCUGGUGGAGGACUACGCUUUUGCGUGGAUUACCGAGCACUAAACGAUAUUACGAUCAAAAACCGGUAUCCGAUACCCCGAAUCCAAGAGACACUCCAACGACUCAGCAAAGCAAGGUACUUCACCAAAGUCGAUGUCAUUGCAGCAUUUAACCACAUACGAAUUAAGGAGGGGGACGAAUGGCUAACAGCUUUCAAUACUCGCUACGGCCUCUUCGAAUCUCUAGUCAUGCCAUUUGGCCUUACGAACGCUCCAGCAACCUGGCAAGCCCGGAUUAACGAAGUACUCCGCCCGUUCCUGGAUAUCUUUUGCACUGCCUACAUAGACGAUAUACUCAUCUAUUCAGACGACUUGACCUCGCAUCGUAAGCAGGUCGAACAAGUGUUCGAGGCUCUCGAAAAAGCCGGCUUCCAGCUGGACAUUAAGAAGUGCCAGUUCGAAGUCCAGGAAGUCACCUAUCUAGGCAUGAUUAUAUCAACGGAUGGAGUGAGAAUGGACCCUGAGAAGACCUCGGCUAUCACGAACUGGUCUAGGCCAGCUCACCUCAAAGACCUCCAGGCGUUCCUUGGCUUCUCGAACUUCUACCGGCGCUUUGUUAAGGAUUUCUCGAGGUUAGUUAAACCAUUGAAUUUACUAUCUAAGAGAGGCGUAAGGUGGGAAUGGACCUCGACUUGUGAUAAAUCGUUUCAAGCACUUAAGCAAGCAUUCACUUCUGCACCAACACUUAAGCACUUCGACCCAGAGAAGGAAGUCAUUGUCGAAUGUGACUCCUCCGACUACGUCUCGGCCGGCAUCUUGUCCCAAUACCACGAUGGAGUUCUCUACCCUGUUGCCUUUAUGUCAAAAGUCCUCGACCCCGCGGAAUGCAAUUACGAAAUCUAUGACAAGGAACUACUUGCCAUAGUACGUUCCUUCGAGUCCUGGCGCUCCGAACUUGUGGGAACCGCGUACCCUGUGUCAGUAAUCACUGAUCACUCCAACUUGAAGUACUUUAUGACUACUAAGCAACUGACCCGCCGUCAAGUCCGGUGGAGCGAGUUUCUCUCUGAAUUCGACUUUGUUAUUAAACCUGUACCUGGUAAGAAGAACACCAAGUCCGACUCACUUACUCGUCGAUCCCAAGACCUCCCGAGCCGAGACGACGACCCUCGGAUUAUAUACCAACAACAGUCACUUCUCAAACCUCAAAAUUUAGACCCUGCCAUUCGCUUAGCACCUCUAAACGAGGAAGAACGACCCACUGAACAAGAGGAACCAGAACCAGAACCAGACGAGCAGGGAACUGAAUCCGACGACCAUAUCUUGACUAGGAUGUUAGAGGAGGGGUACAAGGAAGACCCUUUCUGGAAGAAGACUUCUAAGGAAAUGAACAGAGAAGACCGCACACCACACUCCAAAGAAGUCGCAUUGUCCGAGUGUCGGAUCGACGACGGCAGGCUAUACUUUCGGGACAGGCUAUAUGUCCCAGAUACAGAACUACGAGUAUGGCUUCUCCAAAGAGCCCACGACUCGGUCGAGAGCGGUCACCCAGGCAAGAACAAACUAUUCGAGCUCAUGUGUAGACAUUAUUGGUGGCCGAAACUUUACCGCGAUAUCACCCAAUUUUGUAGAGCCUGUACAAACUGUCUUCGGAACAAGUACUCCCAGCUACGAUACCAGGGCACUUUAAAAUCACUCCCAAUACCGCUUCAAAGAUGGAGAGACUUAUCAGUCGACUUUAUGGGCCCUAUUCUGUUGGUCGAUGGAUUUGACCAGAUUAUGGUCGUUACAGAUAGGCUCACUAAGGAUUGCCACAUUACACCAUGCAACAAGGAUAUGAAUGCAGCCGAGCUGGCUCGCUUAUUCGUGCGAGACGUCUGGAAGCUUCAUGGACUACCAGACACUAUCGUCUCUGACCGGGGUUCCUUAUUCCUCUCAGACUUUUGGAAAUCCGUCUGCGAAGUACUACGGGUUCGAGUUGAUCUCUCUACUGCAUACCACCCAGAAACUGAUGGCCAGACCGAAGUCGCUAACAAAUCCAUUUCCAAGUACCUACGUCAGUACAUCGACUUCGCCCAGACAGAUUGGGUUCAAUUCCUACCCUUAGCCGAGUUUGCUAUGAGAAACGUAGUCAGCUCUGCAACUGGCAUAUCUCCGUUCUUUGCAAACAACGGUUAUCAUCCUCGCAUGAGUUUUGGGCCACCUCGAUCACCUACGCUCACCUCUCAGAACGCUCUUGCGGGAAGAACUUUUGCUCGGAAGAUGGAGGAGAUCUUGGGCUACUUACGUACUAAUUUGCUUACUACGAGGGACCGUAUGGAGGAAUCUGCGAAUGCGAACCGAUCACCAGCCCCAGCGUACAGAGUAGGUGACAUGGUUAUGUUAAGCACAAGGAAUAUCAAGUCAGCGAGACCUAUACCGAAAUUCGACGCCAAGUACAUUGGCCCCUACCGAGUACUUCAAAUCAUGAACUCCCACUCCUAUAAGCUGGAGCUUCCCUACGAAUUACAGUCCAUCCACCCGGUUUUCCACACUAAUUUGCUACGCCCCGCCGCCGGCGUCCCGAUGCCAGGGCAAGUCAACCUAGCACCUCCACCUGUGACAGUAGACGAUGGAGGACAUGCUCUAUGGGCAGUGGAGGAGAUAGUAGACUCGAGGAGGAAGGGUAGAAAAUUCGAAUAUCUGAUAAGAUGGCGAGGUUAUAGCCAAGAGGAGAACUCAUGGGAGCCAUUGGUCAAUGUUAUCUAUAGCGUAGCCUCGAUACGUACCUUCGAGACUAGAUUCCCUAAUAAGCCUAAACCGACAAAGAACGAACGGUUGAGAGCUUUUGCGGAACGAGAAAAGGUGUAGGAAAGAGGGACCUUAUGUAACAGAUUUGAUUCAGUGAAUUCGAGGCUUGGUGUCGGGUAGAUUUCGGGAAACAAGGCACUGUAGAUAGAUAAGUAGCACUUCUGCUUGGAGAACUCUUCUCUCCUCGCAGACAAUCUAAUCAUACACCCUGACAUCGCCCCGCUCCGAAAGCAGCCCUUCCCAGUCCAACUGCAACUUCAAUCCCACCUCACGACAGACCGCGGACAAACAGCCGUCUACAUUCCGACUCUCGAUCGAUAUUCAUAUUUGAAGAUCAACGAGUCCUAUGACAUACCUAUUCAUAUCCUAAACGAAGCCUACGAUGACGACGACGUUCCCCUAAAAAUUCUCACCAAAGGAAAAGGUGGGGUUGGCGAGCUCCGCUGUCAUCUGCGACGGCGUGAGAGGGCUCGCGCACAACAAGCAUUUGAGCAGAUAAUGGACCAACUUUCUCUGGAAGAGUGA